GGCAUCCAGGUAGCCCCACCUGUCAGGCUCUUUAAAUCCAGCCCGGCUGGGAUCUGCGGCUCAGACGCAGGAGCAGCCGCACCAUGAAGACCCAGGGGCUCCUCCUUGCUCUGGCUCUGCUUGCCCUGGGUGCCCAGGGGGCCUCCUUGACCAGCAAAGAGGACCAAGAUAAGGAGGGCUACUGCUACAACACGCCCCCCUUGGGAGACGUCUUUGACACCCAGGACUGCAGUGCCUGCCAGAGGAACGCAUCCUGCUCCACCUGCGCCAGGGAUGACCAGUGCCCAGGCACUCAGAAAUGCUGCCCGGGAGACUGUGGCUACAUCUGCGAGGAAGCCAUUACGGGUGAGUUGCCCACUCCGCCUGCCGUUUGCCUGUUUCUUCCUGUCUGUUGA